CACUCCCCAUUCCUCUCUUCCUCUCUCUUUUCUAUAUAAUCACCCACACGCACUCUCUUCCAAACCCCAUCCUCCUCCUUCACAUGUAUGCAGCAGCUCUCUCUCUCUCUCUGAGAACCAAAACAGAGAGACCUGAACCUUAAGCUUUCUUUCCUGCCCUCUUGUAUACAGAAGUAGGUUAUAUAAAUAGCAGGUUUCUGGUUUUUUUGUUGGCAAAGGAAGAAGAUGAUGGCUGGGAAGGAAGAUUUGGGUUUGAGUUUAAGUCUUAGUGUUCCUCAAAAUCAACAUUCUCUGCAGUUGAAUCUCAUGCCUUCACUGGUUCCAUCGACUGCUUCUUCUUCUCUCUCUGGGUUCCAUCCUCAAAAACCCUCAUGGAAUGUGACCUUCCCUUCUUCAGAUCCAAACUCUAAUUCAUACCGGGCCGAGACAAGAUCGUUGCUUCGAGGAAUCGACGUGAACAGGUUACCAUCAACGGCUGAUUGUGAAGAGGAAGCGGGGGUUUCAUCUCCAAACAGCACGAUAUCGAGUAUUAGUGGGAAGAGAAGUGAAAGAGAAGGUAUUAAUGGAGAUGAGCAUGAGAUGGAGAGAGCUUCUUCUCAUGGAAUCAGUGAUGAAGAAGAUGGUGAAACCUCAAGAAAGAAGCUCAGGCUGUCUAAAGAUCAGGCCGCUAUUCUUGAAGAGAGCUUCAAAGAACACAACACUCUCAACCCGAAGCAAAAGAUGGCUUUGGCUAAGCAGUUAGGACUCAGACCUAGACAAGUGGAGGUGUGGUUUCAGAACAGGAGGGCAAGAACCAAGCUGAAGCAAACCGAGGUUGACUGUGAGUUCUUGAAGAGAUGCUGCGAGAACUUGACAGAAGAGAACAGGAGGUUGCAAAAGGAGGUUCAGGAGCUUAGAGCUCUCAAACUUUCACCACAGUUCUACAUGCAAAUGACCCCACCAACCACCCUCACCAUGUGCCCAUCAUGUGAGCGUGUUGCAGCCCCCCCCACCGCAUCAUCCACCGUUGAUGCCAGGCCCCAUCCCCAUAUCGGUCCUACCCGUCAUAGGCCCGUCCCCAUGAACCCAUGGGCUCCGGCUGCUCCAGUCACACGUGGACCAACACCGUUUGAUGCCAUCCGUCCUCGAUCGUAAUUACAACACGAAACCACAGGCAUCCCGGUCACUUGAUUCAUCACUAUCUUCGCUGAUUUGGGAAGAAAGGUAGCUGGUAAUGAGUACGAAAUGGAGGGGGCCAAGGAACAGGUGGAAGCGUCGCACCAUUCUUCUCGAAGUCAUAGGUCUAAGAUAUGGCUGUUGCCCAGGGCGAUUCGGUGUGGGUCUUUUCUUGUUUUGUAUUACUGACCUAGCAGUCUUGAAAAGAUGGUUUGACAUAAUUAGAUUAUAGUGUGUUUCUAGGGGGUAGCUAAAUGAUUACUCAUACACUUCUUUUCCUUUCAUAGAUAGAAAGAGCUUUGAAAGGGUAGGAAGAGGACUUUGGAUGUAAAGAGCAGCCAGCAGUAUUCUCUUAUUUAUUUUAACCAAGUUGUGUUCUUGACUCUUUGUAAUUGAAUAUAACAAGAAUUUUCCUAGUA